AUGAGCAUCAGGACCAUCUCCCUGGCCAUCCGAGUGGUCAAGAACACACUCUCCGACACCCAGUCCAAGCUGUCUCAUGUCAUGGGAUUGGGUGCCUGCAGAACCUCUAGCGCCCAGCGUGUCUGUGCUUUGGCCUCUCAGGUGAGGAUGGCCAUGCUCUGCAUCAUCGGGCAGCUGGCCCUGUCAGGAUUCCAGGGCAGGAUCAAAGGCUGGGGCCUGAAGUACGUGUCUGUGCAGCUGACCUUGUCCACGUACAAACUGACCGACCGCAGGGACAACUUUUAUCAGAGGGGCCUAGAGGAGAAGAUGGUCCACAAGGUCCCCAUGGACACCGUGAGGAUCAUAACCUCUUCUGUCAGUGGGAUGAGCAAUGAAUUUUGGGAGAGGCUCCCGUGCUGCAUCAUGGAGACGGACUACACGGAGGCCUUGACCCCCAUCUGCACCAGCCUCACCAACCUGGCCGAGCGCCAGCUGCACGCCAAGGAUGAGGAGGCCAACUCAAGCAAGAGCAGGCACGGCUGCUGUCAUGGUCCUGGGGCUUUGAGGAUGGAUGUGGCUGGUGACAGGAGGUGA